UUAAAUAUAGUAAACUAUUUAUAGUACAUCCCCACAUAGGCGUCAACUUUUCUUCCCAAACUCUCCCCUGAAGACACAAUAAGAGGUCUUGCUGAGAAUUUACCUCAAGCAAUGGGGGACUUUCAGCAAUUUGAACAGGACUUCUACCAGUCAGGGUAUUACAUCGAUGACCAGGGACAGGUGGCCUACGACUAUGGCGAUGGCUAUGACCAUAACCCAGAGUAUGAGGAUGAUGGCAUAGAUGUGUCCAUGCCUGGUGUGUUCACCCCCUCUACGGGCCAGGCCUUCCAGCCUUCAAAGCCUGCUGGGACAUAUCUAUACACAGCUGGAACAGACGGGUCAUUUGAAGAGGAGCCUCCGUUGCUGGAGGAGCUUGGCAUUAAUUUUGAACACAUAUGGCAGAAGACGCUGACAGUGCUGAACCCUAUGAUGCCAGCAGAUGGCAGCAUCAUGAAUGAGACCGACCUGACGGGCCCUAUUCUGUUCUGUAUCGCUCUGGGUGCCACUUUACUUAUGGCAGGCAAAUCCCACUUUGGCUAUGUCUAUGGGAUCAGUGCCAUCGGCUGCAUGGCGAUGUACACCCUGUUGACCAUGCUGAGUUCCCUGACUGUGUCCUAUGGCUGUGUAGCCAGCGUUCUGGGCUACUGCCUCCUACCCAUGGUGGCACUAUCUGCAUUCGCAGUCAUCUUUUCCCUACAAGGGAUCAUUGGAACUGUCCUGGCCUUGCUGGUGAUUGUCUGGUGCAGUUUCUCAGCUUCCAAGAUCUUCAUCUCCACCCUGGCUAUGGAGGGCCAGCAGCUGUUGGUAGCGUACCCCUGUGCCCUGCUUUAUGGAGUCUUUGCCUUGCUAACAGUGUUCUAAAGGCCACUACUGUCGCUGACUGUCAACAGAGAUCCCAUUUCUGAGGCACUACGUAUCCCAUAUGGGUAUCAGUGCUGUAUAUGGGUGUGAAAAUAACAUUGAGUUAUAUAGAGUUGUAUUCCUUUCUUUUUUGAAAUGGGGACUUGGUUUUUUCAUGGGGGUUACUUUACAUUGUGAAAAAUGUAAUCUGGGUGUGUGAUUGGUUGACAUUUGUGCAUUGGAAUGUGCCAAUAAAUGUAAUUUGAAACAUUACAUUGUGUCAAAAGGCAACACUGACAUACAUUUGAAUUAUGGAACCAACAAAGACCAUGUUUAAAAACUAAAUAAAGUUGAAUAGCUUAU